UCAACUCCCUUCCCCUAAGAUUGGGGUUUCCUUUCUCUCCCUCGUCCUUCCUCUCUCUCAUUGUUUUCCUUCACUGCAUUUAAUUCUUUUGAUCUUCUGUUCCCUUGGGAUGUUACGUUCAAGCUAAUCUAGCUAUACCUACAUUAUAACAAAAGAAAAACAAAAAUAUAUAAUCUAACAUCCCAAAAAAUGGGGACCUGCAUGUCUGUACAAAAUGCAAAUUUCUUGAAAAGAACAAAAAUGAGACCUACUCCUAUUGAUCAAGAAACUUGUUCCAAGAUCAACUCCAGCCGCACAUCCGUUCCUAAAUCCCAGAAAUUCUCUCGUCCCAUAAAUGUCGUUAAGGAUCCAUCUGGAGAUGACAUUUACAAGAGGUACGAGUUUGGGAAGGAGUUAGGAAGAGGAGAGUUUGGGAUAACAUACCAAUGUGUAGACAAGGAAAGUGGAGAGAAUGUGGCAUGUAAGACAAUAGCAAAGAGCAAGUUGAGGACAGAAAUAGAUGUGGAGGAUGUGAGGAGGGAAGUAGUGAUAAUGAGGCAUUUGCCUAAACACCCUAAUAUUGUUAGCUAUAAGGAAGUUUAUGAAGAUAAAGAGGCUGUUUAUCUUGUUAUGGAACUUUGUGAAGGUGGUGAACUCUUCGAUAGAAUUGUUGCAAGAGGACAUUAUACUGAAAGAGCUGCUGCUCGUGUUACAAAGACUAUUCUUGAGGUUGUCCAGGAGGUCACGGGUUCAAGUCGUGGAAACAGCCUCUUGCAGAAAUACAAGGUAUGUCACAAGCAUGGCGUAAUUCAUAGAGAUCUUAAACCUGAGAAUUUUUUAUAUGCCAAUACAAGUGAAAAUGCUCAGUUGAAGGCCAUUGACUUUGGCCUUUCUAUUUUCUUUGAGCCUGGCCAGAGAUUUGGUGAAAUAGUUGGAAGCCCAUAUUACAUGGCUCCAGAAGUUCUUCGAAGAAAUUAUGGACCAGAAGUUGAUGUGUGGAGUGCCGGUGUUAUUCUUUACAUUUUGUUAUGUGGCGUUCCCCCUUUUUGGGCAGAAACCGAAGAAGGAAUUGCACACGCAAUAGUAAAAGGUACAAUAGAUUUUAACAGAGAUCCUUGGCCAAGAGUAUCAGAUGAAGCUAAGGACCUUGUCAAAGGAAUGCUUGAUCCAAAUCCUUAUAAUAGGUUGACAGUUGAAGAAGUCCUUGAACAUCACUGGAUACAGAAUGCUGAGAAGGUCUCUAAUGUAUGUUUGGGAGAAGGUGUGAGAGCGAGGAUUAAGCAAUUUACUUUGAUGAAUAAAUUCAAGAAAAAAGUUCUCAGAGUUGUAGCAGAUAACUUACCACAAGAUCAAGUUCACGGAAUUAAACAAAUGUUCUAUAUGAUGGACAGUGACAAAAAUGGAAACCUAAGCUUCCAAGAACUCAAAGAUGGUCUACAUAUGAUGGGGCAAUCUGUUGCUGAUCCUGAAGUCCAAUUGCUAAUGGAUGCUGCUGACGUAGAUGGAAACGGAAUGCUAAACUGUGAAGAAUUUGUGACAAUGGCUGUACACUUACAGAGGUUAAGCAACGACGAUCAUCUCCGCCAAGCUUUCCUUCAAUUUGACAAGAAUCGAAGUGGAUACAUUGAGUUUGAAGAUUUGAAAGUUUCUUUAUUUGAUGAUCAUCUUGGCCCCAAGAAUGAUCAAGCGAUCCACGACAUCAUAUCUGAUGCUGAUUUGGAUAAGGAUGGAAGGAUAAGUUACCAAGAUUUCAAGGUCAUGAUGUCAACAGGAAUGGAUUGGAAGAUGGGUUCACGCCAAUACUCAAAAGCAAUGCUAAAUGCACUCAGCAUGAGACUGUUCAAAGACAAAUCCAUCCAACUGAAAAAUUAACUCUUCCAUUCUUGAGUUUUUCUUAUAUCAUUUCCCUAACCUGAGAAGAAAAUUAAGGAAUGUAAAGAAAAAGAAAAUGAAAUGUAUACAGGGUUUUGUUCCACUUCUUUGAUUAAUCAAGUAUAUAUACGUCUUGUUUCACACUCUGUUUUAAAGGCUAGUAAUUAUAUGACAUUAGAUAUUUUGGGGA